AUGUUUUCAGUUGUGAUAGAUGCAACGACAGUAUCCCAUGCUACAACUAUCAAAGGUGGCUCUCGAGAAAAAAAUACUGGCAGCAGCGAAGGUGGCACUUUGCUGUGGGUCUAUGGUACUGGUUUCGCACAGAAUGCUUUCAGUGAAGUACCUUCAAAAAACACUUCAAAUAGUGUCAAGUUGACAAAAGGAGAUAAUACCUAUGACUGUCAAAUGCAUAUCGAAAAAGUAACCGACACUCAGUUAACAUGCUACACUCCAGCAUUACCGCCAGGCCAAUAUAUAGUUAGGGUAUAUGUAGAAGGCAAUUUGAUAGAUCUCUCCCAACACACCUAUCCCAAUUCGGCCACUUUUCGGUCAACCCAGAGCAACGCACCUCGUAUUACUCAAAUAUUACCACAAGCAGGAUUGCCUCAAAGAUUGAUUAGAUUGUACGGAUACUUCAAAUCGAAAUGUUACUUGCGUGAAUUUGAUGGUUGCUCCGGAUCAGAUGUGCCUGUUAUUUCUCGCAUAUAUGUAGGUGGUCAGCUAUGUAACCUUAUUGAUCCCGAUGGUGGUGUCUACUAUUCCAAUUUAAAUUCCACUCAACUUACAUGCCGUUUUGAGAGUAACGAAGUUGACAUAUUCAAUGUGACGAUGCUUGUUACAAAUGAAUAUGGGCGUUCGUCGGUUGAUGCAAGCCUAUUUCGAAUGUCAAGCACUGGUCAAUUAUAUAAUUUUGAAACGUAUGCUGUUAUCGCGAAUAUAUCGUCUAGUAAUGGCAGUGUAGAAGGAGGUACCAUUUUAACAAUUAACGGAAAUUAUUUCUGUGCAAGUAAUCGCUAUCCACUGAUCGUGAAUAUCGACGAUCAGCCAUGUACUAUCUUUAGUAGCAAUCUGACUACAAUUCAAUGUCAAACAUCGGCGAUGCCCGCUAACCAUCGAAGUUAUUUUCAUGGUGGUCGUGGUCUACAUGUCUAUUACCAAUCUGGUUUCAUUGAUUUAAAUAAUUUGGGUAAUUCGAGUCCUCCACUUCCUGGCAUCAAUGCCACUCGAAUGUGGAUAGACGAAGCCUCAUUUUCAUCUCAAUUUCCAUCUCCUACCACCGUAUGGUUAAUUGGAUUUCUGCGUGUGCCAAUAACGACUAAAUUCAUAUUUCGAUUGGAAACCGGUUCUUAUGCUGCCCUAUAUCUAAGCACUGAUGAGAAUCCAGAUAACAAAAUAAAAAUUGUUUCUAAUUUAUUUCCAGAAUCAAGCGGAAUUCUGCUACAAAAUGAUACUAACUAUUACAUAUUAUGUAUCGGUUCAAAUUACAGUGGUGCUUUUAGUUUGAAUAUUAAAGCAGCUAUGCGCCAAUACAAAUCAAGCACACCAAGUAGUUCUUUAGGUACACAUGAAAUUCAACAAAUCACUAUUGGUGCCAAUGCUACCAGCGAAUAUCAGCGUAUUGUGUAUAUGACAAAUAUGUCAAUCGAUGGAGUAUCUGAAGUGCAAGAUGUAGACGCUGUUUUUGAAAUGUUUCAAAUUGGUUUUGAAGGAGUCUACACAGCACUACUUGAUGGACCACCCGAAGCGACCGUUGUACAAGAUGCUCUCAAUGAUUUGCCAACAAUCUUCCCGCUAUCUGUUACGGUCACGUUCGUACAUAGCGCAUAUAGAGUGACAUUUCCAGUUGAAAUGGGUGAUGUUUCACUACUCACUGUAAUAUCAACAGCAUUUGAACGUCCGCAAACUGCUGCAGAAAUCGUACAAGGAAUCGCAUCUCGUUCGAAGAUAGCAUUUCGACUCAAUGGAGCAACAACAAGCUAUCUAGAUUUUGAAGCAAAUGCAGUUACAGAAUCGACACUGAGAAGUGAGUUUAUGAACUUAUUCAAUAUUCGAUGUCCACCAUCGUUAAACAAUCGACAUGCAACGCCUUCUAUUGUGUACGUAAAUGAAUUUGAAGUCUCAAAUUCAUUUAAUGAGACAUUCAACAUUGAAGAUCAAGCAUUUUGUGGCCGUAGUGCACUCACAAGUUCAAGGCAGUGUCUUGUUUGUGAAAACACAUUUAUUGCCGACUACUUUUGUUUCGCCUAUAAAAUUACUACUGGAAAUUCGAUAUUUCUCAAUUAUUUAGUCCAGAGCGAUGACAAUCAGCCAGUAUUUGAGCGUAUUUCGUUGAAUAUAAAUUCAGAUUCGCGUUGGCACUAUAAAUGUAUUAAUCUACGUGACACACUCGAGAGCUAUUCUUUUACGUACUUGAGUGUAACUUCAUUUCUGAUUAUUCAAGUAAAACUUGAUAACUUUGUUCCACCAAUGAUCAUGAUUGAUACAGUCACAUUACGUACUUCACUCCCGACUGGCUACGAAGAGGACAGCAUAAUUUUAUCAACUGAUCAAUCAUCCUCAGGCGUAUGUUCAUUUCCAUUCUUUUACAACAAUCAAAAUCACUCGUCAUGUAUACUUGAUGCUGAUGCUAUGCCUAUUUGUGGUUUAACUUCUAAUGUAACAUACUAUUGUCAAAAUUCAUCGAUCGAAGGUGUUCGGCGAUUAUAUCCAAAAUAUCAGUUACUCUAUAAUUCUUUUAGUAUAACAUUUCUAAUGUCGAAUCGUACAAUUGAUAUUUCAUUUCGCUAUACGUCGUGCAUGUCUCCAUCAUUGAUCGAAGUGUUGCCUUCCAUUACUGGUCAAGUGAUUUCAAUUGUAAAUGCAUCCAAGCCAGUAGAUGGAUAUUAUUCGAUAAUGUUUGAUGGGAAAGUACAUUUUCCAAUUCCAGCAAAAAUAACUGGGUCUAAUCUGGCUAAUCUACUUCAAUCAUUUUCUGAUUUUGGUUAUGUAGCUGUAGCACGUACAGGAGAGUGUGCUCAGUAUACAUAUACAAUUGAAUGGUUAGCUAAUGAUGAACAACCGCUCAUUUCAAUCGCGAACUCUUCUGAAGUAAGACCAAUUAACGCACCAAUAAUCGUUUCGUCAAUACGACGUGGCAAUGCAAUCAAUGAAUUUUAUAAUGUUCCAAAUGAUAUUCUACGAACAUAUCAUACGACUCCUCAGGUAGAAGUACUUGUUGGCGGCUAUUCAUCUUGGUGUGCAAAGGAAAAUAAUAAUUGUGAAUUUCUAUGGUCAAUUGAUCAUACACCUACGAUCACAUCUGUUGUACAGAAUGGAGCAUUGGUAACCAUUUUUGGUACUGGAUUUAGUAAUGAAUUCAGUGCAAAUAUAAUUACCAUCGGUAAGAAUGGGUCAUGCAACAUCGUAUCAGCCAACACGACGUCAAUUAUUUGUACUAUUGUUAACGCACCGUCAGGACCACAAAUUCUACAGCUGAAUAUUGUUGAAAAAGGUCUUGUAUCAAGUAAUGACAUUGUUAUAGUGAAUGUGCCACUCUUGAUCACAUCAUUUGAUCCAACUGGGGGAGAUGUGGGAGGUGGUUAUCAAUUAGCAAUUAUUGGCAGUGGAUUUUCGCCAAAUGCUUUCAUUACUAUUGGCGAGAAUUUCUGUAGAAAUUUGACUGUCUUUAAUUUUAGUUCAAUCCAAUGUACCGUUCCUCCUACUGGGAGUAUGACUUUGAUUCGAGUAGCAGUGAUCGUUAUUGACGGAUUUAAUAUAGCUAGUGCAUCUGGACAAUUUACAUACAACGUGACAAAUACUCCAAUUAUCUAUAAUAUUAGUCCGACAUUUGUAACGAUGCUUGGUGGACUAUUGAAUAUCAGUGGCACCGGAUUCGGCAAUGAUAGCAUUUCUGUUUUUGUUGCUACUACAAGUGUUCGUGUUUUAGCGUCUUCGAACAAUUAUAUUCUCGUCAAUUUAAGUGCACUACCACCAGGACUCUAUCCGGUGACAGUUCGCACUUCGAUGGGCUUUGCACGACCUAUCUUUCAUAUCGAAUAUCGAUUCUAUGUACAAGAAGUAUCUCCUCAAAUCGGUUCGGCUUACGGUGGUACCGACGUUUAUGUAUAUGGAGGAGGUUUUGCAAAUGGCACCCGUAUUCAAUUGCGUGAUCAAAGCAAUCGCAGCUUUCCCUGUAAUAUUAUUUCGAUUCAAUCGAAUCGAAUUCAUUGUCAAACAACAUCCAAUUCUCUGCAAGUAACAGUAACAUCGAACGGUUUUCAUCCGACUUAUGGUUUUGGUUAUGCUUGGUAUCCUACUCGUGAAACAGUGAGACAAGGAACGAUUGUUACUUGGUACUGGAGUUCUCCUGAAUUAAGUACGCCAGUUUACUACAAGAUACAGCAAGUAGCGAAUGCGUAUAGUACUGAACCAAUCCCAUACGGAUUUGACUCUGGUUCCUCGACAUCUGUUGGUUCAUUUUCCUAUCAAUUCGAUAGUUUGGGCACUUUCUAUUAUUGGGCACCAAAUAUCGAUCAAUCUACUGGAUAUUCAAUGCGAGGCGUUAUCGAUGUGGUAGCCUUAGAACCUGAAAUAAUGACUGUAGAAACCAUCUUGAAUAAUUUUACUGGCAAGAUUCAAUAG